AUGGCAAUGGCAGAUAGACGCCCGCUUGGGCCGGAGGCUUCCUCGCAUUCGACGCCAGCGUUCAAUUCCGACGGCUUGGCCCCUCCACACCGAGGCGUGAUGAGACGCAGCCUUUCCGGAAUUCGAGAGCCAUUUCCAGAAAACGAAGCCACCGGAAACGACAGCACUGCGUGCAGCCCCGAGGCCAGCUUGAGCCCCACGGAAAUGUCGCCCACCCUGCGCAGCAUCUCGCCGGACUCGCUUAUGAACUCCGGGCUGCUUGGCGUGAAGAACGGCGCCUCGUGCGCCAGCUCGCGCGACUCGACGCCACCCGCAGGGACGCACGACACGCUGCUGCUUGGCGUAGCCGAGAAAUCGGGGCUUGCCAGCAGCAUGCUCAAAAAGCAAAAACAGGCUGCACGCGUGCCCAUUGCCACAGGAAUCUCAACCACUAUCCCCGUGACGGGCGAGAAGCCCAAGCCCGCGCAGCAAGGCGACGCGUCGCUCGAGGACGACGUGUUGUAUGCCAUCUUUUUGAUCUUAUACGAGAAGGACAUGGAGGGCAGCGGCAUGACUGUCAAGCAAAUCUGCGACGUGCUAGUCGAGCGGCAUCCGGAAAUGGCGCAGUUGUCCAGCAAAACCCUGAACUUGGUCAGUGCCAAGUUGAACGCAUACGUUAAGCGCGUGGAAAAAGGCGACUCCAAUUUGAAGUACGCUCUUUCCCGCGAGUGGGCAGACGCGUCGCCAAAGCGCAUGGUGUACGUGUACCGCGGUCUUUUGGCCAAGGACUUUCACAUGCAUGUGAAACAUGCCGUGGAGGCGCAGAAGCCGCUGCCAGCGGCGCAGAAGUUCGUGCCGGGCAUGGGGUCUGCGUUUGCUGCAGACUCGUUCGAAGCUGUCAAGCACUCAGCACUUCUGAAGCCACGGCGCCAGACCAUGUUUGACUUGGGCGUGACUCGCCACGCGUUCUCGGAAAACACCAACUCCAGCAACUUGUUUGUGCCGUACUCGUCUGCGCCCGUGGCUGCCAACAUGGCGCAGCUGCAUGCCGACGAGCCCACAGAUGCAGACGCGGCUGCUAGAGACUUGGACAAAUUCAUCAACGACUCCGAUUUUGACUUUGACGACUUGGAGGUUUUCAACGAUUCCGACGACGACAUGGCUGACUUCUCGUUGGAUGUCACCAGGCGCUCAGGCAAGCGGUCCAAGUCCAUGUCGCAUCUUACCAUCAACAAAAAGGCCAAGUUUGUCACGGCUGCAGCCGCUGCACCCCGCGUACCGCGCACUCCCUGUUCCCACAACCCACAUGCGGCUGCUGCGGCCGCUGCGUUGCAUGCUGCUGCGCUAAAGGCUAUUGCUGCAGCCACGUCGGGCUCUUUGGGGCAUGGUUCCACGCAGAAGGCCGGCAGCGUUGGCGCACGGUCCGACUCCGCCAGCUCGGCAAACUGCUCGCCCAAAUCCAAAUCGAAUUGGGCCCACGUCGUGCGUUCCGGUUUUUUGACGCAGGAUAUCGGGGCGCCAGAGGAUGUCAGUUUAUCUGACUUGGACAAGCUCUUUGCCUGA